AUUCUUGCCGGGAUUGCCGGCUCACGGGCUUGUCCUGUCUCGGCGCCCUGCGCGGGGCGGCGGGGGGCCGGCCGGUCGGCGGCCCAUUCGAAGUCCUGGCCGCUGGGUCUGUAAGAGCCCGCGCCUCACAGCUCGUGAAACCAGAGCGAGGUACGCGGGCGUCCCGGGGCGCUCACUCGGCCGGAUGGAAAAGGCCAAUUUCCACAUCUCAGCUGUCAGGCUCCGAAAUUACUCGUGCGAGGAGAGGUUGGGACUAGACGGAGCGGUGAGCUGGGCAGCUGACAAGGAAGCAGACUCUUUGGUCUGAGCUUCAGACAGAGCUUUCCCGGGUUCCCAAGCGCCAGACCUUUGUGCAAGGCCACGGGUACUGAGGUUCGCCCGUUUUCAUUUGGUGGAAAAUUACGGUUACACCAGAGCGAUCCGCUUCACAUCGCUCGUAUAUCACCCAAGGAAAAACAUUCUUUCUCUUUGCUUUCACAUUUAACUUCUGACGGCCACGCUGUUAUUACAGUGAAUCAUUGACAAAAAAUGCGAAGUUCUAAAAGCCACGGUUGUCUUUAGUCAGAAUGAGCCUCUUUCUGUAGGUCUGAAAUCGUUAGAACAGCAUAUCUGAUUGUAGCUACCCUUCGUGUCAAUUAUUUAAAUCCUGUGGCGCUGAAGGUUUUUCAACAGCAUUUUUUCCUGGAGCCCCGUCAUCUCAAGCAUAACAAUGGGCAACUGGCAAAUAGAUCUGAAGUUCUGAAGCGAACUGUCAAGAGAAGGGUCAGAAGGGAGCAAAGUCCUGAUUAACGUGAAAUCCACCCAAAUAAAUGACAGGGAGAGCUUCCUCCACGGUGGUAUCCUCUGCUGCUCUCUCAUCGCUCCCUCUCCAGAUGCUGCUCUACCUGAGUGGGACGUACUAUGCCCUUUAUUUCCUAGCUAUGCUCCUGCUGGCCGUGUACAAAAGUCAGGUUCUCACUUAUCCUCACAGUUACCUGGUCUUCGACCUGACCCUGCUCUUUCUGAUGGGCAUUCUGGAAGCAAUUCGGUUAUACUUCGGCACCAAGGGCAACCUGAUGGAAGCCGAGGUACCGCUGGCUGCCAGCCUGGUCCUCACGGUGGGCGGUGCCCUGCUGUCCAUCUACUUCUUGCUCUGGCAGACCCUGGUGCUGUGGGCAGACUCGGCCCUCAGCGCCGUGCUCCUGGCACUCCACGGCCUGGAGGCUGUCCUGCAGGCAGUGGCCAUCGCCGCCUUUGAAGGCUAGGUGGGCGGUGCCUGGCCCUCGGGACAGCCCUGGGCAGGAGACCCUCCUCAGAGCCAGACUAUGCCCCAGCCGUCACCUCUCCAGCUGACGGUUACUGAAUGGGAAGGAUAUCUUUGUGCUGACCUGCCUCGGUGUUUGUUAGAGGGUCAGAUGGUGUGGAGGGUCUAUGAGGUGGAGGUGGGGUCGGGAACCAGGGCAGAACAAGGUGCUGGGCAGGGGUGGGGCUGUCCCAGCCUGUCUGUGGGGAAUUGCGGGGACGUCUCUGGCUGGUGGGGAUCUGGCUUCAGCAGCCACCAACAUCCGGGGUGCAGAGGGGGAUGAGGCCUUCGGAAAGCAGGCAGCCAGGCCAGUGCCCUCGUGGUGUCGUGGCAU